ACAAGUAAAUCGCAACUUUAGCCACAACACUCCGCACAUAUUACACACUACAUAAAACUCAGAAAUUUGCACUUUCUUCAAAUGAUGAAUAAUUACUCAAGUUCAUCAUGCUCUUCAGUUAUUAGGGCUGAAACUUCUGAUGAAGAAGUUAUCUUAUUAGCGUCAAGCAAACCUAAGAAGCGAGCGGGGAGAAAGAAGUUCAAGGAAACUCGCCACCCGGUAUACAGGGGAGUGAGAAAGAGGAACAACGACAAGUGGGUUUGCGAACUGCGUGAGCCCAGCACACAGAAGCGAAUAUGGUUGGGAAGUUACCCAACUGUAGAAAUGGCUGCACGAGCUCAUGACGUAGUUGCAUUGGCACUUAAAGGACAUCUAGCCACUUUAAACUUCGCAGACUCCGCUUGGCGAUUGCAAGUGCCGGUAUCGAAGGAUCCCAAGGACUUGCGCCAAGCGGCUGCGAAAGCAGCAGAGGCGUUCCGGCCAGGAGAGGAAACUGAUGUUAAUUCUAGAGGGGAAUCUAAUACUGGCAAUGGUGAUGAGGAAAUGAAGGCAGUAACAGAAGAGAACGCGGCAAAUAAUAGCAUGCAGAAUGUGGUGACUGCAGAAAAUGUUAUGUAUAGCAAUUCAUGUGGAGAAGUGGGAAUGUUUGGGACGCAAGAAUGGCAGACAAAUAUGGAAGAAGGGAGUUUGUUUUCACCAAAUCCUUGUUUAUUAGGGGGUUGUUUCAGCUGGGAUGAUGAUGUGGAGAGUGAUGUUGAGGUGUCAUUGUGGAGUUAUUCUGUUUGAUAGCUCAUAUAUAGUUGGAGUAUAUCCAUUUUGUAAUAAGCACGUAGAUUAUAUUCUUUUUUAAUCCACGUGGAUUAUUUUCUCCACAUGGCAUUUGUUUAAAUCUAAAAU